AUGACAGAUAACAAGCUCCAUCGAGCCCGCAAUGGCCUCCUUAUUGAUAUAAUGGAGCAGGACUGUUUCGACCAGAAAAGUAUCCUCUCCCAGGUACUCUACCCCAAACUAGACAAGGCGCCGGUCGCCAUAGAUCAUGGCAAUCUAUCGCCGCAGAACAUAAUUGUUGACUCCGAACUUAACAUUACCGGUAUUAUUGAUUGGGGGUUUGCUGCGAAGGUCCUGAUCCAAAUGGCCUGUGGCUUUCCUCUCUUCCUUCGCCUCAAGCCACCGUCCUGCCACCAAACCCAACCCUUCAGGAAGAUCGAAAGUCUUUUAUUGCAUCCGUCAAGUUUCUCUCUUCGCAAGCAGUAUCCUGGGUGUUACUUACCCAAUCCUCUAAACAUGUUGAUUUCCGGCUUUUCUUUCUUGAGUCGAUAA